AUGGAAGAAGCUCCCCAAAGCCAGGAAAUGAUAGACAUGGAUGAAGAACUAACUAAAAUUGCCGUAGCCCCUGGAAAAAUCUCAGGAGCCACUUUAGCAGAUAAACUCCAAUACAUUAAGAAGAAAAUGGCCAAAAUCCCUUCAUACAAAUAUACAAGAUAUGAGAAUCACACAGAAGAAGAAAUUUUGGUAGCACUUUUUGGAAAAUAUGACAAAGCAGAACAAGCAUGUACAACUUCACUUGUAGAAGGAGGCAACACCUUCUUCAGGAAAGUCCAAGCUACAGAUACAAAAGAAGCACUCUCGCGCACAAUUUGCAUCUGGGAUAUUUCCACAGAUCUCACCAAAAAAGACAUAGCAACAGCCAAUUCCUGUUUGUCGAGUACUGUUACACUACACAAUAUGGAUGAUUAUCAAGAACUCAACCAAAAAUGGUCCAUCUUAUACAAAAACUACCAUAUGAGAAUUUUUCCAUACUUUGGAACAAGAGAAGCAAAAGAAAACAGAAACAAGUAUACAGCCACGAUCGCAAAUCUCCCUGAAAACAUCACAGCAAAAGAUCUAGAACACAUCAUCAAACAAGUCAAUGCACAAACAUGCUACAUUCCCAAAAAAGAUAACAGUAACUAUAAAAGACUAGCCAUAUUUUCAUUCCAUAAUCAAGAAGAUAGAAAACAAGCAACCAAUCAAAACUUUCAGCUCAGCAAGAAGCUAUGCAGAGGUGGCCAAACACUUCCACAAAACAAACAACUAUGCAUCAGACAACCACCAACAAAUAUUACAAAUGCUAAAAGAAAUCUGAGCAGAAAUCAAAGAGAUACGCAAAGAAACACAGCCAACAGACACUUUGACAAGAUGGAACAAAUGAAAGAGAAUUCACAAUCAACAACAACUAAAACCAUUAACAUUGACAACAACUCAGACCUUAUCGAAACACAAGCCCAAAUCAAUCAGAAAAUCAACAAGAUGGAUGAAACAAUGGAAAAACUCAUCAAUACAUUUAUACCCGACACUCCUUCCACAAACAGCACGCACAACACUCCAACUACUCUCACCCAAUGA